AUGUCGCACGAGUCAAAGUUACAGCCCUAUCAGAAUCACACCAGGCCUGAUGCCUCAAAGGGUUGUCUGAGCAGUCAGGAGAAAACACUGGCUGUGCUGCUGGAGCAGGCUUUCAGGAUCAAAGAGGAGGUGGCAGCAGGUCUGCAGUCCACGCAGGGGUCUAUCCAGGUGGAGGCACUUUCCCGCAAACUGCUGGAGAAUCACAUACUGACCAUCACACGCAUUGUCAAGCAGCUUAGCAUGGACAUACAGGCCCUGGAGAGACUGAUCGUCCAGCGGGACUCCAUCACAUCCGGAACCUCAAAGGCUGUUCAAAGCCUGGACCAGAAGAACAUGGCUGGCAUUGGAGACCUGAGAGGAAGAGUAGCCAGGUGUGAUGCCAGCAUCUCCAAGCUAAGCGCUGACGUGAGCUCUGGGGAGCGGCAGCUGAUUAGACUGCAGCAGGAGGUGGCAGAGCUCAGGUCAGCUGUGGAUGUACGGCUCAAAGAGCUGGAAGUCAAGGUUUAUCGUGACAUGGGGAGACUGGAGGCCUCAUUGUCAGAGCACUCCCAGGGCCAAAGGAGUUCCAUGUCUGAUCUGCAUACACAAGUUAAACUACUAGAAAGCAAGAUGUCAGGUGAGCUGAAGGAAGCCAGGGAGCAGACAGAUUUGCUGAGGAAGUGGACAGAACAACAGAUUAACAGCUCAGUCCAGCACUGCACACAACAGCAUGAUAAAAUGUUAAAAGCAGCAUCUGCAUUGGCUGACCGGCUACAUGCUCUGGAGGCCCGUAUGGAGCAGUUUGAGACCCAGCUGGACCGGGCCAACCGUAGUCAGGGCGAUCAGCUGAAACGCUCUGAAACCAAACUCAGUAAAAGAAUGACCUCAGUGGAGAGCAACCUUCACCAGGAGCUGCAGCUGCUCAAACAGGAAUACCACAAAGGCUUCCUGUCUGUGCAUGACGCAAUUGAGUCCCUGAGGCAGAUAAGUGACAUCAAAUCCCGCCUUGACAAGGAGAAGCUUCAGAAGGAUAUCAGGCACAUCUGCAGCAAGGUGGCAGAGCUCAAUGACUUGUGACAUUAUUUACUGAAGAAGAGCCCCUUGUUACUGUCACACCAACCCCGAAGCAAUGUUUUUGAGUCAAACAAACCAGGAGGCAUGCCUGUCAGUGACAGUGUUUAUUCUUCCCUCACUUUUGAUUUUGUUCAGUGAGCCCACAGCUUAUUAGAUUAUGGCUAUAUGUAAUUGAAUCACUCUUUAAAAAUAAGAUAAUUCAUCUAGAAAUUUGAAAUAGAGUACCUUUUGUUAAAUGUUAGGCAACUUAAUUACAGACAUCUGUUAUUAUUGUGGACAUUAAUAUUUGCCA